UCCAGCCGCCACCAGUAGCCUUCUUCUCCCCCACGCCAUCCUCCUCUCUGUUCUCCCCACGGCAGCAGCAUGGAGCUCGAGCUCUUUUCCCCCAUGGUCGUGAGCUCUCCCCUCCAGCUGCUCGACGCCCGCUGCUCCUUCUCCCUCGCGCAGGGCAGCAGCUCGUCCACCUCUCUCUCCCAUGGCGUUUCCCCUGCGAGCAGCGUUUCUUCGUCGUCUUCAACCUCCAGCCGAGCGCCCUCCCUGUCCUCCUCCUAGCGCGAGCUCCCUGCUCAUUGCUCCACGGGCAGCAGAGGUCAGCGGCGCCCUUCUUCCCCAGCUCCACCUUUUCCCCGCGCCCUCUCUCCAUGGCCGAGCUCGCCCAGGCUUCCAUGGCCGUCGGCCCCUGCGAGCUCUGCUCCAUCCCUUCUCCCACUCGACUCCCUGGAAGGCAGCAGCACGCCAGCUCAGGGCUUUCCCCAUGGCGCCUCCCUUUGCCCACUCCCUCCCAGCGCCCUUCCUCCCCUUGGCCAGCAAUGGCACGGCGCCCCCCUGCUCCUACUCUCUCGCGCGGCAGCAACUCCCAUGGCGCCCAGAAAACUCCAGCUGGCUCCCCUCUUCCUCCUCCCCUAUUUCUUCCUCAAGCCAGCAAGCCAUUCCCUCUGCUGUCCAGAGCGCGGCGAGCUUCUCUCGCCCCUGCCAGCAGCACGCCAUGGCCGGAUCUGCCCCCUCCAUGGGCGUCCCUUGCUGUUCCCUGCGCCCAGCUCUCUCUAUCCAGCACGCCCCAUUUUCUUCCAUGGAAAAACCAGCAGCGAGCCCCCUCCUCGCUGUCCUCCGUGGUGCCCGCCGGCUGUUCGACAAAUUGUGCAGCAAGCCGCAUGCUGCCGGCUCGCUGUUUGGUGGAGCCAAUGGACAGCACGCCGUGAUGCCACCGAGUGUUCGCUGUUUUUGCGCAGCCCCGAACAUCGACGUCGUUCACCCCGGUGAGACCGCGACGCUCCUUGUUUGGUUCCGCAUCGACGUUAUUUUCAUACGAUUAAUUGUGUAUGUGUGCUGUUUUAUUUUUGUGGAGGAGAGAACCCCGUGUUUUGCGAGAAGAAGGGAAGCCGCUCGACGCUUGUCGAUGUUCGUAGCGAUGCACAAAUAGGAAUCUCCAUCGUCCUCACAAACAUCGAUUGGGUUUGUUUAUGGUGAGCCGAUGCAUGUCGCUCUUGAUCUACUCGUUUAAUUAAUUUGAAUGGAUGUGUGUAAAAUGUUUCGGUUAUGCGCAUUGGUGGAAUCGCGUUUGCGAUUGGAGAACAAGAGUUUAUUCGAUGUAUGCGAUUUGUAGUUUGUACAAUUAUAUUUUAGUCGAUGUGGUGUACAAUUGUGUUGGAGUGUGGGUAGG